GUGCGAGGCACAGCGAGACUCUCACUUUACGAGACAACGUCAGAGAGAUCGCGGCCCUCGAAGACUCCCGUGCCAGUCCCAGCAUCUUUCCGCCAUGAAGAUCGGAGCGGCCCAAGUCAUAGUCGCCUUAGCCUUGGCGGUGCUCUGCUGCGAGACGCUAGCCGAGACAGUGAAAGACGGCAAAAAGUGUCCUGUGCUCGACUGCAAGGGAAAGAACUGCAAGACUAAGUUGGCAGUUUCCGGCUGCCUCGAAUGCGACUGCGAGAAAGAGUGUCCCGUUCUGCAUUGCCCCCCUCCGUGUCAUCCCGAAGAAAAUGUGCCGCAGGACCGCUGCCCCGAAUGCGUCUGUAAUGGCGGCGGUGUCCCGCAUCCAGCUGACGACGGACAAGACGUCCCCUGCUUCACGCCCAUGCUGAGGCGGACGCUGCGCCGACUGGCCGAACUCGAGAACCAGCUGCGUCACGUCCGGCACCUCGUCGACGACAACGAGCUCCGGCUGCUGCGCCUCUUUCCCGCUCUGGAGUCCCGUGGCGGUAAAGUUCCGGCCCCUACCCCCGCAUGCCGUUGCUUGAGGAUCGUGGCACGCGACGUACCACGGCAGACCAGUCCCGCCCUCCGGCGCGCGGGCGCCCUGUUAGGGACAUCUUUGCAUGAUUCGCGUUUCUCGGGGGCGCAGUGUCCAAUAAACAUUCGCAUGCAAAUGAACCCCCGAGGUCCGUCUGUGUUUCUUUUUGUGAGCAUGAUGUAAAUGUCAGCCUGACCC